AAGUGGAAAAUCCGAUCGAUCGACCAAGAAACGAAAUCAAAAGGACGGAAGUAGAAAAGGGUCUCCACACCAGUCCUUCGAAGAUGGCGGAGGACGACGACGACGAUAGCUUUGGAGACUUUACGUUUGCGACCUUCAACAAUAAUCCAUCUACCAAUCAUCAACAAUUGAACCAAAUCAACGCCCCAAGAUUCACAAUGGCCACCACGACGACGUCCGCCACCUCUGCAGCCGCCAAUGGCGACGACGAUGAUGAAUGGGGUGAUUUUGUUGAAAGCCCACUUGGAUCUAAUGCGUCCUCCAUUAACACCCCGGCAGCAAAGCCUUUCGACCCUUUUAAUUUCUUCGGGGCAAACCCCAUUACUCAAUCCCAGUCAGAAUCUGGUGGGGUCCAAUUGGAGGAGGAGAAGAAGGAGAGCCAGUGGGUGAAGCUGAAAGGGGCUAUUCCACUGUCGAUAUUUGGUGAUGUUGAAGAGGAAGAGAAGGAAGAAGAAGUGGAGGGAUCUGGUGUGAGUGAUCCGCAUGGUACUAAUGGUAAGGACUCGAAAUUUGAUCUGAAGAAGAAUGAUAAUUUUAGUAAUGGAUUUAAGAGUAACGGUUAUUUAGGUGGGUCGUUUGGUUAUGAUGUCAUCGCAAGUUUGUAUAAUCAGAAUUCGGAUUUGAAUUUGAGCAAGAAAGAUUCGAGCUUGAUGCUGAAUGGUUUGAAUUUGGAAUCAGAAUCACUGGCUAGGAAGAGUGAUAAUGAUUCUUUUAUGAAUUUGAGUAGUCAUAACGAUAGUAAGAAUCAAGAAAUGAAGACUGAGGAUGGGGUUAAUGCUAGUUCUAACGGAGUACAAUUGCGUUUGGAUGCAUUAGACCUGGAUUUUGGUGGGUGGAAUACUGGUUUUAAUGGACUGGGUUCGAAGUCUAGCUUGGACUUGGAUAUUAAAUAUGAUUUGAACGAUAGAAAUUUGGAUGGUAAAGCUGAAAAUGACAAUGCUCAGUCUCGUUUAAAUUAUAUUGACUUGGCUGUAAAAGAUACUGAGAAUCCACCUUUUAGCUGGUGGAAUUCAAAUUUGGAUGGAUUUAACUUGAAUUCAUCUGCUAUGGAGUCAAGUUUGGAGGGAUUGAGUUCAAAUGUAAACGGGGUGGCGAAUAUGGGCUCUGAUUUUAAGGGUGGACAUGAAGAACUUGUUGGUGGUGAGGAUGAUGAUGAUGCUGAUGGAUGGGAGUUCAAGGAUGCAUACGCAGAAUCAAAAGUUAAGAUGGGGAAUGAGAAGGCUAGAUUAGAGGUGCAAGAAGUUUGGGAGGAAAACUCACACUCGUCUGGUAGUGGAAAUGGCACUAACAGAUCAAUUGAUUUGUUUACUAUGUCAAAUGGAUCUCAUGAUAUGUUGUCUACACCAAGUGGAGCUUCCAGUAAAUCUAACGGCUUUGAUAUUGGAUCGAAUAUCAAGUCGAUUGCAGCCAAAGGUAAUGCUUUAGCUCCAGAUACAUGCCUAAGAAUUGAUCAGAAAGGCCACGAGGCUGUGCUAUACCCUCACCCAGUCGCUGAAACUGCUGAAUCUGAUGAGGAUUUUGGGGAUUUCACGGCUGCAUUUGCUGGAGCUGGACUAAUGCAAGAGGCUGAUUCUGAGGUGCGUGAGAGCUCUAGGAUCAAUGCAUCCUCAUCGGGUUUUACAAGUGGCUCAAAUGGAUCACUUGAUUUCUUUUCUGCGUCUGAUGGAACAGUUGACUUAUUUGCGCCAUCAAAUCGAACUUUUGGUGACUUCAGUCAAGUUGGUGGUGGUUUUGAUAUAAAGCCUAGCAUAAUUGUUAAACAUGAAGCAUCUAAACUUGAUGCAUUCUCAAGAAGUGAACUCACAGAUGGUGUAGACCUGCAGGACCAUUCUACUGUAAUUCAAAAUGCUGUAUCUGGUGAGCCAGUUAGCGAGUUCAGGUCAGCAUUUGAAGAAAAUGCACUUGUGAAACAGGAAAAUGCCAUUGAAUUGGAGAAUCAUAAAGGUGCAUUGCCCUUGUCCAUAUUUGGUGAUGAAGAACUGGAAACUGAUGGUUCCUUGAAUGCUGAUGAUAGUUUCAUGUUUCAAUCUGCUUCUUCUAAGGGAAACAGCCAUAGUACAAAAUCAGCUAUCUCUAUCAAUGAUCUUAUAUCAAACUUAUACAGCCAAGCUGGGCCAAUUUCUUCUGUCAGCUCAAUGCAAAACCCAGUUGUAAAUGGGUUGCAUCUGUCAGACUCUUUCUCUGGUUCUAAUCUAGUACCUGCUGCUGAAGAUGUUGAUAACAGUUCUUGGGAAUUUAAGGAUGCUGUCUUUCAAAAUGAAGCUAAUAAGGGGACUUCUCUCUCUGAAAAUGAAGAUGUGCAUCAGACAAGCUCAGGCAAACUAAAGCUACAAAUUUUCAUGGAUUUCUAUUCUAAAUUACAAGACGAGUUAUACUUGAUAGCUAAAGGCCAUCUUGCAAGCCUAAAGGAAACUCAAAAUGAUGUUAAUUUUGGUGAAGAUGCAGGCCUUGAUGCUCUCAUUGAGGAAAUUCAGAUGGCUUGUGACGAGCUUGGCCAAGCGAAUGCUAUUAUUAAGGAAGAGCACUUGGGUAAUAGUACACAAAGUCAGAGUAAUCUCCAUGAUUUUCUUGAAGUUUUGCAAGAACCAGGGUUCUGUGUUCUGGAGACCGAAUAUGACUUGCAAAGAAGACUGUCAUUGGUAGAGAAGGAUGCUAAAUCAGCUAUGGAACUUAUAGGUCAUGUGAAAACAAUGCUGAAGAUUCUGAUGAUGGGGUCAUUGGAUGAACAACAUACUUAUGUUUCUGUGUGGUCUAAGAUGAUUAACAUUUGUGCUCAAGAGCUGCAACAUGGUGCUCAGUUAUGGAGGCAGUCAUUGCAAAAGAAUAUUCAAAGCCAGAUACUUGCUGAGCCUCAAGGUAAAACAUUUGUUAUCGCCCUUGGUGAGAUUUACAGGGUUGCUGUAUUACUUGGAGCUACAGCCAAGCUUUAUAAGCCGUGGAUAUUGUCGACUCCUGUAGAAUCAUCAAGCAUCUAUUCACUCCUAGAUCAAUGUCAUUCUUCAUGGUCUGCUUCAGGCCUUGAAGAAGCCCUAGCAAUUAUAUCAGAUUCUACUCCUGCUAAAGGUCAUGGUAGUCUUGCAUCCUUGCUGGAUUCAAUCAAGUAUCUUUGUGAUCUUGAUGCAUUUGCUCUUCAGAAUAAGUUUUUUAUUCAACACGAAUCCUUGUGUUGGCUAUCACUUAUGCCUCAAACAGUGGCUCCAGGAAUGACAAUGGUAGUUUGGAAUGAAGAACAGUGUUUCCUCAAACUGGCAAAUUUGUGGGCGAAUCUAAUAAGUUCUGAUCGUCCAAAAUUGCCGCCUUUGCUUGUCAACGGAUGAGAACCUCAAAGUAUAUGAUGGAAGCUCAGUUCCUUUCAUUCACGAGGUGUUCACUGUCUCUCUCUUUUCCAUCAAAAGUUUGAUUUGGUUUAGGGAGAUUUGCCCAUUGACAGUAAAGAAUUUGGUAAAAAGCGUAGUCGGAUAUUGAGUAAAAUUUUUGUCAUCCUGCACGCUUCCUUUAAAUGGGAUUUUGCGAUGAGAAAGGCGCCAACAGGGAAAGUAGGGAAAAGAAGAAGCAGAAGAAGAAGAAAAAGAGAGAAUAUUGCAUUCUUUUGUUCAAUUUGUAGCCUGUAGUUUAGCUUUUAUAUGUGCUAGUACUGUAUGCCUAUUUUUUGAUGUACAGGUCAAGUUUUGGGUGGAAUAAGCCCAGAUGCAGUUACAAAGGGCUUAUAGAAUACAAGAUUUUGAGAUGUAAUUAUUUUAAUGGCAUUUUUGUUUUGAUUUGAAUCAUAUAUAUAUAGGGUUAUUCUUUGUACUCGUGAGACUGGUACCCAAAUGUGUUGAUAAUUCGUUA